AUGCUGCCCACGAUGAGUGUCAGCGGCGAGUGGGUCCUCGAGAACAAGAUGAUCAAACCGCAGAACCUCAGGCGCGGCGAUCUCGUUACCUAUCUCUCCCCGCUUGACCCCACGCGCAUCGUCUGCAAACGCGUCGAACAUGUCUGGCUGAGCGGCGACAACGCUGCGAUGUCCAGGGACUCUAGGGUGUAUGGGCCUGUCUCAAUGGCGCUCAUAAAAGGCAGACUAGUGGCAGGGUGA